UUCUCACCGAUUGGUCUGCUCUCAAUCAAUCGACUCAAUCCAUACCCCAAUAAACUUAAUGAAAGUAGGUUGGACUAGUUUGUUUCUGAAAUACUGAUCCUUCUAGUCAAUUUCUUUGUUUGCAAGUAUGGAUUCAAGAUUGCUAUGGGUUGCGCAAUCGGGUAGCGUCAAUGCCUUAUAUUCUCUUAUUCAAAAGGAUCCAUGUAUUCUUGAGAAUAUUGAUCUUUUACCUUUCAUUCACACACCUCUCCAUGAAGCUUCAUCAACUGGCAAGAUAGAUUUGGCGAUGGAACUGAUGAUUCUAAAGCCAACUUUUGCAAAGAAGCUAAACGCCGAUGGGUUUACUCCAUUACAUCUCGCCGUGGAAAACCACCAAGUUGAGUUAGCACUAGAGCUAGUCAAGUUUGACCCAGCUCUUGUUCGUAUUCGUGGUAGAGGAGGUAUGACGCCAUGGCAUCUUGUGGCAAAAAAGGGGGACGUGGAUCUUCUUACAGAGUUUCUCUUGGCAUGUCCUGAAUGUAUUAAAGAUGCGAAUGUAAAUGGAGAAACUGCUUUACACAUCGCGGUCAUCAACGAUAGAUACCAAGAACUCAAAGUUCUCCGAGGGUGGAUGCAAAGAAUGCGCAAAAGUGACGCCUCAUCCACCGAGAUUCACGUUCUGAACAAGCGUGAUCGUGAAGGCAACACGGCCUUGCACUUAGCGGCCUAUAAGAAUAACCACCAGGCAGUUAAACAACUGUUAAAAUGCAUGUCACUGAACCGUAACAUCCAGAACAAAAAUGGUAUGACAGCCCUAGAUGCCUUACGAGUCAACGGACCGCACAUGAACAAAGAAACAGAGAAACUAAUACAAAUAUCUGGUGGUAAGAGCGGGAUGUCUCUAUCCAGGGUUAAGACAACGUCUGUCUUCCUAAGCAAACCAGUCACUUUCUGGGAAUAUUGCUUUACGGGAAUGGCACGUUACAGGAGUCGCAUGUCAGAUGGAACACGGAACUCUCUUCUAGUAAUAACAGCUCUGAUCAUCACAGCUACUUAUCAAACCGCGGCCCAACCGCAAGAUAAUGACAAGCUCCAGUACCUAAGUUUUGAAGAUGCCAUAUUAAAGAUCGUGGUACUAUGGGGAUUCAAUACAAUGGCCUUUUUCUUGGCUAUUUCCUUGACAUUCAUACUGUUACCAAUUGGCAGAGCAUAUACUUGGUGGUAUAUCUUCAUAAUGGGGCCUCUCCUCUGCUCAUAUUCAAUUUUGUCGUACCAGACGUCUACCGUUACAAUACUCAUACUGCUGGUUGUCUUCGUAUUUCUGCUGGUUGUCUUCGUAUUUCUCAUAUAUCUACUUGUAUUCUACGUGAAGUGGAAGCGGACUAUGCGGAAAAAAGUACCAAAACCUAGAAUCAAGCUGAUUUCUGAAGGCUUAGAGGCCAUGUUCUAGCCAGUUGUACUAUUACAAGAUCCCGAAUGUGAGCUGAUUAUCCAAAGCAUGUAGCAUGGUUGAAGUGUUUGUUGUAAACCUUUGAUCGUUAUAAGCAUAUUCAGUAGCUUUGUACAAAUGCACACGUUUUGUAAAAAAUACUAGAUGUAAAAAUUAUAAUCUUUUGAAUAAGGC